UCGAUGUCACUUGAAUUGUUUGACUGAAAUCUGAUCCAUUAGUGUGAUCUCUUGUUUGUAAUUUUUUUCAACAAUCAUUUCUGUUUUUUCUCUUAUCUGCAUUUUAGUAGAUUAUUUUGUCUGCACAUUUCUCCGUACAAACAAUAAAUGUAAAUGAGCUUCGUGAAAAUUAACAACCAUGGCCGAUUGUCAAAUCAAUUCGAUUUCUGAUCAACCGUCAAACAGUAAAGAUGUAACCACCAUAAUUCCAGAAGGCCGUGUUGGUGAAGUUUGUAAAGAAUGGCUAAUACGAGAAGAUGGAAAUCUUGCUUAUCGAUUGCAAAAUGAAGAAAUUGAACAACAUUACAAUGAAAAUCGAUCCAAAAAUCAAUUGGUCCGUAAAGACAUUCCAUUGGCUAAACAUUUGCAAAAGAAUGAAAUUCUAGAAGCUCAACAAAAAUAUGAACGUUUUCUUCAGGAACAAAUUAUUCACGAUGAAAAAAUAGCGAGAAAAAUCGAACAUCGUUUAUUGUUAGAGGAAGAAGAAGCGAAAAAGGCAGCCGAAGAAGCUGAUGCUAAAUUGGCUAAAAAAUUGAUGGAAAAAGAAAAAGCUAAACAAAUAAGAAAAAGGAUAGAAAAAGAGAAGCAACAAGUGGAACGAUUAUCUGCUCAAAUCGGUACAGAUUUUCGGUCAUUUAAUAUGGAAAAUUUUCAUGAACCAACAGUGAAUAUUAAUCAAAAAACAUUAGAUCGAUAUGCUCGAUCAAAAAAUCAUCGAAUCAUGACAGAAGAUGAACAAGAAUUAGAUCUUUCCGAAUUCUGUAUGCCUCCACCACCUGGACUCAAUCCAGAAGAGCUCAAACUUUUUCUUGAAGAACAAGAUGCAGAAAUUGCUCAAUUACUUCAACACCAGGAAUUGAAACGAAGUCGAAAUCCAGAAAAAGAAAAAUUAGCGUCAAUUGAGCAGCAAGAUUUUGAAAUAGCCAAAAUGUUACAAAAAAUGGAGAAAGAUCGUUACAAAAAAAUCAAGGAAAAACUCAGGAAUAAUCAACGUUUGAAUCGAUCAUCUGAUCAGGAUUCGAACUUCCCUGAAGAACGCAAUUAUCAACGUACUUCAACACCACUUACUUCAAUGGAUAGUUUAUUGGUUGACGCAAAUAAAGUUGAAAAUGAUUAUGAUAUUCCAGAAAAUCACCUAACAUCACUACAUGAUCAAACAUAUGAAGAACCAUAUAAUGUAUUGAAUGAAUGUUCAGAAACAACAUUAGCUCAAAGUUUUCAUAAUAUCGCCAUUGAUUUGGAUCCUACUUAUAGACGGCGCCUCAAACAAACACAAUGUUCAUCUUCGCAAGGAAACCUUACAGAGUCUUGUGUGGACGAUGAUGAUAAUGAUUACAGGGCGGAACAGGUAAAUAAAACGGGAUCACCAACUUUUCUACCUACACAUCGUUCAUAUCGAGAUUCUUUGGAAAAACUACAUUCAACUUCUAAAAUCACUAGUGAAUAUAGUCGAAAUCCUCCAUCUACAUGUACAUCAUCAUCUCGAUCAUCAAAUACAAGUUCCGAGAAUAGAAAUUUACAUAAUCCCGAACAACAAAAAUCUGACGACUUUGCUCCACCACUGCCUCCCCGUGAUAUGUCGCUGAUGCAUAAUUACAAACCAACAACUACAAGUAUUGAUCAAGAUCAUCAUUCAUGGAAAGAAUCAAUCAAAAGUAGAGUGUCAAAUAAUUUAUUACCACCACAUCAUCCACAACAUCCUAAUCGUCAGUUCAAUGAUUUUUUGGGCAUUCAUUCAUUAUCGGAUAAUGACCAAUCAUCAACAAAUAAUGCUAUUGUACAAGGGCAAUGGCGAAUGCCAUCGUUAGAAAAGCCACAGAAAAAGAUAAACAAACCAGAUGGCUGUAGGACGCAGUGAUUAUUACAUAUUGAUUUAUAAUAAUAAAAUUGUUUUUUGUUUGUUA